UAUCACAAUAUGCUAAUAUUUUGAAAAGGACUUGUAUAUUUAAUCUCAUCAUUUAAGUCCAAAAGUUUGAUAUAUGUUUAUAUAUCCUUAUGUUGCACCGAAUGACGAGCUCAUUAUUUGUUGUCCAGACAUUCGAGGCUCAAGAUCAGCACUCCACUAGACUCAGCAGGGUCGUUUUAAACUCGGAUAUCAAUAUUAGCAACCACAGAAAGUCUGUUAGUAAAUCUGCUUACUAUCGUCUUAAAAACCUUGAUAGAAUAAAAGGUUUCCUGUUAGAUAGGAAACAAAAUCUGAUGCUUAUCUCUUUUUUCAGUAGAUCUGAUUACGACAACAGUGUCAUUACUGGUGUCUGUAGAAAAUAUAUCAGGCAGCUGCAGGUCAUCUGAAAUACUGCUGCCAGAGUCCUGACCAGCACCUGAAAAAUGGAUCCUAUCACACCAGUUCUUAAAUCCCGGCACUGGCUCCAUUCUUGUCAAAUAACAGAUUUGAAAAUUCUGCUGUUGGUCUCUGAAGCGCUAAAUGGUUUUGGGCCGAAAUUCAUUUCUGCGUUGCUUGUCAAAUAUAAGCCAUGCAGACCCCUCAGGUCUUCAGUGACUUUCUUACUCACUUCUUAAUCACUCUUCGUGAUUGAAAACCUUCCAAUGUGACAGAAAUAAGGCAAUUUUUCAAUUAAACAAGAUGAGGCUGCAAUUAGUUUUUAUUCUGAUGAGCUCUGGAACAAACUCCCUGAAAACCUGAGAUGGGUGGAAAUGGUUUUUCCUUUAAAUAAAGAAAUUAAAAUAUUAUUUUUUUCAGCAGUCAAAUAGAGUAACAAACUAUUUGAAGCAUUUAUUUCUUUUAUGCAAUGCUUUUAAAGCCUUAGCUUUAUUGUUUUCUUCUUUUCUUUCCUUUAAAGUCAUGUAAAUACUUUAGGUUGCCUUGUGCAUUAAUGGUGCUCUCUAAAUAAGCUUGCUUGCCUUGGACUUAAUUUGCCCAAUUCAUACCCAAUCAUUUCUAUUUCAUCUUUUCUUACUUCAUUUUCUUAUCAGUAAACAACUCAAUUGUAUAUCCUGUGGUUAGUUUGUCAGUCUACUAUAAGAAAUAUGGAUUUAUGAAAAACAUCUACCAGCAGAAGGUCAAUUAAAAGUUAUAUUGAUUUAUUCAAGGGGGCCAUAAUCUGGCAUAUUUCAUUGGAGUCAUCUGGAAAAACUGGGAUCAGAAUCAAAAUAAAUGAGAAAACAAAGUUUUUAGGAAUGAGUAAAUCCUAACAUUAAACUAUAAAUGAGAUUUGAGCAUUUUUCUGAAUAUUUAUUUUAAGAACAUCAGAAAACAUUAAAUACAAUUAAGGAAAAAGCAUACACCGUGGUUUAAGUACCAGGGUAUGAGUUGGCUUGUUUACAGGCAUGAAACGGGAUUCAAAGUAUUGAAAAAGCCAACUAAGUCUAAAACGUUAAAGAAACUUAAAGCACAAAACAAAACCACAAAAUGAACAUCUCAGGGAUCAUGACAGAGAGCUUUAUAAAAUAAGGACAUCAUUGGAAAAAAACUGGAUGUUAGUAAAUAGAAACUAGUUGAUGACAGUUUUCUAGUGCUUUUAGAUGCUUUGUCGUUAUUUUAACUAAAAAUGCAUUACUUUACAGUCGGCAUCCACUGUCCAGGUAAACAGAACUAUGUUGCUGUUGCAUUUGGGCAUCUUUGCUGGCCUUCAGCUGUCCUUCCCUCAGUGCACGAUAGGUGUGUGCACUGAGGGGACAGCCAAACAGUGCCAGGAAGCAGAUUUCGUUCCAGGCUCCAAUCUAGCAGGUGAGGGCUUUGAUAUUACCAAAAUGGAGCUUAAAGGCGCCUUCGUUCUCAACAUGGAUCGGUGGAAACACAAGAAUAAAAAAUGCACCCUGUGUGUUAACCCCUACAUGAUGAACAAAAGGCAAAAGCUGCCCCUGUCCGUGGUGGACUGGAGGGCAAAGCAAUCCUGCAGCUCAAAGGUGUCAUCCAACCUGCACAAAUCCAGCGAGGCUCUGGUCACCUCCACUUCUUCUUCUGUUGAAAACAACUGGAAAGCAAGCUUAGAAUUUCAAACGGUGAAAACAGGCGCCUCGCUGAUGUUGGCUGGAACCAACUCUAAAGUGGCUGAUUACUCCAUGAAGAAAACAAAGAAUGACAAAUUCAGCUUCGCAAGCCUCUGCAUGUCCUGUGAGUACUACAGCUACCGAGUGUCCAGCUCAGCCAAGUUGCACAAGGAAUUCAGCAGAGCAGUGAAACAGCUUCCUCCAGUGUACAGCCAAGAAAGCAAGGAACAGUUUUACACACUCAUUGACACCUUCGGCACCCAUUACAUCAGCAAGGUGAAGGUAGGCGGAAAGAUUCAGUCUGUCACCAGCAUCCGUCAGUGUCAGGCCAGCCUGCAGGGGCUCAGUGCAGAGGAGGUACAGAUGUGCCUGGAGGUCGAGGCAUCUGCAAGCUUCAGGGUCACAGUAAAAAGUGAAUCAAAACACUGCAAGAAGGACAUACAGAAGUCAGAGAGCAAAUCAGCAUUCUCCGACCUCUUCAAUGACAGGUUCACAGAAAUCAAAGGGGGCCAUUCCACAGACCCAGACCUUCUCUUCUCUGCUGAUAAAAACCCAUCGGCUUACAAGGAAUGGCUCAACACGAUUCCCCAGAAUCCUGACAUUAUCUCAUAUUCUGUGGGCUCUCUGCAUGAGUUACUGCCUGCUAAUACAACAACAUGGUUUAAUCUGCGCUCGGCCAUCAGCCAUUACAUCCUGGAAAAGGGCCUGGUAAUAAACUGCACCGAGCGUUGUAGAAAAGAUUCGAGGGAUCACUGCGUCUGCCAGUGCCACAAUGACCCGGCUGUAAAUUCAGACUGCUGCCCAACCCGUAAGGGCAUGGCCCGGAUCAUUUUAACAGUACAGAGGGCCACUGGUCUGCGGGGAGACUACUUCACUUCCACAGAUGGCUUUGUGAAAGUCUUCCACCACAAAGUUGAGUUCCGCCGUUCACCUGUCAUCAACAACAACAACAACCCACACUGGGGCAUGGUGGUUGAUCUGGGUUCGCAGGACCUGUCUACUGCAAGCAAACUGAGAAUUGAAGUCUGGGACCAGGAUAACGGCUGGGAUGAUGACCUGUUGGGAGCAUGCGAGCCGGUUCUUGCAAACGGCAUCAAGGAGGAUGUCUGUAAUCUGAACCACGGCCGACUUUACUUCAAAUGGGAAGUGAAAUGUGCUCCGAGUCUGAGUGGUAAUUUGUGCACAGAAUAUGUACAGACGCCCAUGAAUCCAAGGCUAAAGAAGCUUUACGUGUCCCGUCAUGCCCAUCCUAUUCCUAAGCCCAUGCUGCUUGAGAUGGGGGUGUUUGUGAACAAAUCUGCGUCUGCUAAAUUAGCCGUUUGGAGGAACCAGACUCUUACUGCAAAAAUGCAAACAUAUGAUUUUAAAUAAGGAAAAUGUUCAAAGCUAAAGCUACUUAUCAACAUCUGUCUACUGAAAAUAAGUAAAAGAGCAAAAGAUUCAUUAACUGGCGCAGCAGCAUUUGCACCUUCUGCAGGCAUGUGAUUAAAAACCUGCUGACACCAAAAUAAAGGGCGUUGCAGUAAUCUAGUAAUGUGGUCACAAAGACAUGGAUCACUGUCUCCAAGUGCUUCUCCGUUAAAAGUAGUUUUCAUCAUCCAUCUCCCAUCCUCUUAUUUGGGUCCCUAACAUGAUCAUAGCAUAACAAAAUACUGUUGUAUUCAUAUAAUAGACAUUCAUAAUUUGAUUUUAUGUAACAGUCCUAUUUUAAAUGCGUAAUGCUUAAAAUUCUCUGCUACUUUUGUUUGAGCAGGCAUCACACCUUAUGAUGACCUUUCCUCCAGUGGCUACAGACUCUCUUAUACAGUGCAGUGAAAAGGUAUUCAGCUCCUAACACAAGCAUGUUUCAGAUUAUUUUUUAUAUCAGUAAAAAAUAUAAUGUAAGUAAAUACAAAAUCUUGUUUUCAAGUAAUGACCUCGUUUAUUAAGAGGAGAAAGCUAUUCAAACUAACGUGGCACAACGUGAAAAGCAAUCUCCAAUCUUGUU